AAUCCCAGUCCUCUCCUCUCCGAGGCGCAGUCAUCUAGCAUUUCUCAGAGUAGGAAGUGCAGCUUGCGGUAACAGUGAAUUGAAAGUACGCCAUAAAUAUGGCGCCAAAAGAGUUUUCAAGCUGGUGAUAAGAGCUGAUUUUUCCUCUGUGUUGUCUUUUUUUCUGGGGGUGGGGGGAGAGGUUGCAAGACAAGACCCGCCUGUGCAUUUGUGCAGAGCGGUGUGUGUGCACGUACACUGACUGGCUCGAGGAGUGGAAGCGAGGCAAGGCAGCAAGUGAAGACGAGGAGACCUCAAUGUUUUAUUUUUGAAGGAGGGACGUUGCGAAACUGGUUUGCAAUCUUUUCUGACUCAUCGUUUGGAAAUAAAGCAUCCUUUUCUUUCUUUUUCUUUUUCUCUUGUUUUCACCCCUCCUCCUCUUGCUUCUCCGUCCCCUCCUCCUGUACCGCUGGCACCGGAGAGGAAAACAUCGUCGGAUUUUUGACACCACGUUUGGGCUGCUUUUGCAAAAUGCGACAUGCUUUCCUGUGAGCGGUGUGUUGUGCGCACCUCGCAGCCUGCUACACCGUGAAACAGCAGCAGGACCAGCGGCGGCACCACUACUGUGUUUGUUGUUGUUGACUUGUACGAGGCUGCAACUCAGUCUGGCUGCCACUUUUGGAUUUUAUUUCGGAUUUUGGACUCGGUGGCCGGUCUUUGCAGAGCUGACGCGCUGUCAACACGCACCGUGAGGGGAAGGGAAGGGAGGGGAAGGGACAGUCCUGACACCCAGCGUGGAUCCACAGUCGGGGCUGUUUAGCGGCACUGCUAGCAGCCUGCCAGGGCACUGAGUGGGCAAACUGAACUACAGCUAAACCCUUCACUGUAAAACUACAUGUGCCUGGCUCCCAAUGAUCUCCUAAUCUCUGGGAAUCGCCCGCCGUCCAGGACUGUGGACGUCUCUGCAUCCGAAGCUGACUGCGAUCAAGAUGGAGAGCGAAAAGAAGAGGAGAAAAUACUCCACGAGCAGCAACGACUCCGACACCACCGACAGUCAGGUGACGUCGUGGUCCAGGUCAUCCAAGAAUACAGGCACCAGCAGCACAUGGGUCCGCCAUCAGCACAAGAAACCAUCAGAGGUAUUUCGUACCGACUUCAUUACGGCCAUGAAGCUGCCGGACUCGGCUCAGCUCGGCCCGGACGACUUCUACGUGCUCUCGGACCCUUGGAGACAAGAAUGGGAGAAGGGAGUGCAGGUCCCUGCCAGUGUGGAAGCCAUACCAGAGCCUGUGGUCAGGUUGCUGCCGACUGAGUUGACGGGAGGCCUUUCCAACAACAGGCAGGAGAGGGAGAGCGGCACCCAGCCGCCUCCCACUCAGCGCUACAGCUGCUAUGACCUGGACGACCUGGACGUCGCCUGGCUGGAGCUGGUCAACCACGAGUUCAGACAGAUGGCAUUACCAGAGCUGGACGAGCUGACGAUGGAGUGCGUUCUGGUCGCACUGGAGAGCGUGUGCGAGGAGAAGAUGCGUCAGGCCAUUGAGACGGAGGAAGGCCUGGGCAUCGAGUACGACGAGGACGUGGUGUGUGACGUUUGCCGCUCGCCAGAGGGGGAGGACGGCAACGAGAUGGUCUUCUGUGACAAGUGCAACGUCUGCGUUCAUCAGGCAUGUUAUGGCAUCCUGAAGGUGCCGCAGGGGAACUGGCUGUGUCGGACCUGCGCUCUUGGUGUCCAACCCAAAUGUCUGCUCUGCCCCAAGAGAGGGGGGGCCCUCAAGCCCACUCGCAGUGGAACCAAGUGGGUCCACGUCAGCUGUGCCUUAUGGAUUCCUGAGGUGAGUAUAGGCUGUCCAGAGAAGAUGGAGCCCAUUACCAAGGUGUCCCACAUCCCCGCCAGCCGCUGGGCUCUGUCCUGCAGCCUGUGUCGAGAACACACAGGAACCUGCAUACAGUGCUCUAUGCCCUCCUGUAUCGUGGCCUUCCAUGUGACAUGCGCCUUCGACCACGGACUGGAGAUGAGGACCAUCCUGGCAGAGAACGACGAGGUGCGAUUCAAGUCCUUCUGCCUGGAGCACAGCUGCAGCGCCAGCAACAAUAACACAACCACCACCAACUUCUCCAGUUUGACCAGUGUGAGCAAUGGCAACCACACAAGCAAUGGAGCACACGCCGCAGCCAGACCUGACUGGGCCAUCACCAAUGUCAGCUCUGAGCUCCGGCCUGAGCAUCAGCACCAGCCAAACAGCAUCAGCGACCAGGAGCAGAGGUCUGUAUUGUACCCAAUUUCGGUGUCGGCGUCAGAGCGAGCUGAGCGGGAGCAGCUGGAGAGAGAGAAGGUGAGCCAGAGGAAACAGAAACUCCAGGAGCUGGAAGAUGAGUUUUACCAACUGGUGGACCCCAGGGAAGUGGCCGAAAACCUGGCACUGCCCGUCCCCCAGGUGGACUUCUUAUAUCAGUUCUGGAAGGUGAAGAGGAAGGCCAACUUUAAUCGACCUCUUGUGACCUUAAAGAGGGACGAGGUGGACAACCUUGCCCAGCAGGAGCAGGACGUCCUCUACAGACGCCUCAAACUCUUCACACACCUCCGACAAGACCUGGAGAGGGUGCGUAACCUGUGCUACAUGGUGACACGGAGGGAGAAAAUGAAACACACCCUGUGCGACCUCCAGGAGAAGAUCUUCCACCUGCAGAUACAAAUACUAGAAGAGGACAUUGCUGGAGAGAAAACCCAGAAGGGAGAAAAGAGGAAGCAGAAUGGAGUGAAGGAGAAAGGGAAGGAGAGGAGGAAGAGUAGUCCUGAGAAGAAAAAGGAGAGAUUAAAGCCAGAGAACGGCUCCCUGCUAAAAGAGCUAGGUUUGUCAAAGUCCUUCCCGUUGGACAACUCUUUGUUCGACAGCUGGCUCGCCCAGUCGGUUCAGAUCACCGCUGAUGACAUGCUGAGCCAGUGGGCUCUGGGUGCCCAGCAUCGGGACAAGAGCGGCAGCCUGCUCUCUGACCAGCUCCUGCAAGGCGAGGAGAGCCUGCUGAACCUUAUGAUGGAGAACUCCAUGCAGUCCACCUGGAAAACACCCCAGCUGGGCCGCAAACCGCGAGGGGGCAACAAGCCCCGUGCUCGUGGACAAUCCACCACCCCCACACUGCCCCAGACGCUCCUGUCUGCAGCAGCCGCCUCCGCCGCCUGCAGCCCUUCCACUGCAAAGAGCCUCUCAGCAAGCGAGGUGGAGGAAAAGCCCAUCAAUGUUGGUCGGAAAGGGGAAAGGUCCAGGGGCACCUCCAAGGCCUUGCACCACCACUACCUUCAUCACCACCAGACAAGGAGCUCUGACCUGCACAGGGAUCCGCCCCCGCAGCCCCCUAUCUCCAAAAUGGAUUCCUGUCACAUCUCGGAGGACCGCGGCCCAUGGGACAGCAUCUACACAGGGAAUGGUGUUGCAUCCGGUUUCACUGCAAGCUCAUCUCCACGUCCAGCCUCGAGCCCUGGCGCCACGCUGCCCGACACAGGGGCGAUCGUUCGUGGCGGGGGUCCGCGGCUCCGUCUGUCCCGCCAGGGUAAAUCCAGAGGUAGGGGCAUCAGUGGAGGUGGAGGAAUGGUAGGCCUGGAGUCUGUGGGCCUUGUAGGUAAGGACACGUCCCUGCUGGACGCUGCAGAGACUGACGGGUACUUCUCUGAUGGCGAGCAGAGUGAUUCGGACACACGUUCUGGCGGACGCAAACUUCACCUGCCUCAGUUGCAUUCUGGGAACGAAGACCUGCUGAGAAGGAGCGUGCUGGCGUCCUAAAGAACUGAGACUCAAACCAACACACACACACACACACACACACACACACACGCAUACACACAGUUAUCCAAGAGUCCCGCUGGCUAAUUGUUUCUCCAUCUGUGCCCAAUAUACAGUCCACGAAACAUGGCUGGAUGGCUUUCUAUGUCACAUUUACCAAUGGAAAUCUUUUCAGCUCUCACCUGCUUUGUUUUUUGGGGGAAUUUGAAUGUAGCUGCUUGCCUGUCGUACCGUAAAGCUUCUCCACCGGAUCGUAGGUUGUCGUCAGCUUACCACAAGAUGCGAUACAUUCAACAAAUAGGAAACAAACAUUACCUUUAGUCUUUUUUGUUUUGUUUUAUAUUUCAGAUUCAUUUUGUUUCUGGGCGUUGAAGUACCCAUUUCUGGCCUCAUGUCUGUGGUAUCUGCCAGACUUGGGAACAAACACUUCGGGGCAUUAUUAUUAUUAUUAUUCAAGCUGGUUUCAGGGUCUGCUUCGCUCUUGGUCUUUAUGACCUGAGAUGCAUCCAAUGAGUCCUUGUUUUCUUGAAUAUGUUCAGUGGAAAGACGAUUUCACACCAGAGCUGGUCUGAAUAUGUACAGAGGGUGACAUGGAAUAACAUGUAUUCAGCCUUGAAAAGCACAACUAGCUAGUCAUAAGAGCUGUAAAGUAAGCACUUGUGUGUAUAAUAGAUGCUCAUUCAGGGUUGGGUUCAAUUCUCAUGUUGACUAUGUUGCAAAAUGUACACUCAAGCCAUUCUCAUCAUUACAGACAAAAAGACAGAUUUCCAGCUUUUCCCAUUUUUGAAUAGCAAAUAGAUUGACCCCAACCCUGGUGUUCAUUCAGAUUGUCACACAGAGACACAAACACACAGACACACUGACACACAUACUACUAUAAGCAAAUCCCUUUGCUCACAUCACGGCCGUUGAAAUAUUUGAUCUGACUUCUGUCAGCUGCUUUCAAACUCUCCCUAAUUCUGAGUUCUUUUUUUUUAAAGAGAAAAAUCAUCAUAAAAACUCUGUGCCUUCUGUCGCUUGCCCUGUGCCCCUGCCUUUCCUCAACCCCCCGUCCCCGCAAACCUUAUCAAUCAACCAAACAAUCAGUAAGUAGAUCAAUCAGUCGUUUCUCAAUCGGAUUUGUAACAAUCAAACCAAAAGGAAAUCCCGUUGGAUUGGGCUCCUUGUCACCUUAACAAUUGUCUAGUGCCUGAAACAAGGAUGUAAAUGCAGCGUUUGCCAUUAAUCAACAAAGUAUCUGCAACAGUUAGCAAAGCAGAGCCACACCGUACUAUCAGUGCAAAGAGCUGCCUACUGGUCUGUGCCCCCCCCCCCUAACUAGAUCACUGCAGUCCAGAGCCAUCAAUAAACAAGGUUUGACCAGGUUACACUGUGAGCACCAUGCUGCCGCCACAAUAGAUACACAUGGAGAAAAGACAAACACCACGACUCCCGUGCAAAACAAAUUUUGUUAGAUUCAUUAUUCAAGUAAAAAUAUUCCAAAACUAUGGGGAAAAACAAACGAGUCCCUGUCACUACAGACUGUCAUCAUUACAGCUGCAUAUAAUGCUUAUUUUCAUUAUUGAUUGAUCUGUAGAUUCAUUUAUAGAUUUAUCAAUUAAUCAGUUGGUCUAUAAAAUGUCAGACCAAAAGUAAAAAAUGUCCAAGUUGAUGUCUUUAGAUCAAUAUGAUAUAAAUCCUAGAAAGCAGGAAAUCUCCAUAUUUAAGAAAAUGAACAGCAUUUUCUGCCAUGUUUGUAUGAAAUUACUUAAAGGGUAAAUACGUUUUCAUAGUUAAUUAUAGUCUAAUCGAUUAGCUGACUAAUCAUUGCAACUCUAGACCUAAUUUGGUGAAUGGAUGAGACAAAUAUGGAGAAAGAAUAGAGGUUUCAUAGUGUACAGUGCAGUUUUCAGUCAACAGGCACCAAGAGAAACAAGUUAUUCACACCUUAUAUCGGCAGUGUGAAUCAAUGCAAUUUAAGAUAUUGAUGUAUUUAGAUGCAUAACACUGAUUUAUUCAGCUAAGCACUGAGCGGGUUUGUGGCACCAACAUGUCUCCCACUGAAGUUUGACAUGGCCAAGCUCUUGUUCCUGAUGGCUCUGCUGCACCUGCUCUCCUGUUAGAUGAAUGAUGACAAUGUAAUAAUCAGCUUCAGAGGCCUGCGCUCUUAAGUUCUUGAAUUGAGUUGUUUGUAAAUUUGUUUUAAAAAAAAAACUUUUUGUUGUUCUCUCAGAGAGUUGUAUUUUGUACUUAAAGCAGUCCAUGGUAUUCUCAGGGGUUAAGAAAAACUUUAAAAAAAAAAGAAUUAAAGGUUUAGAAAUGUAUCAAAAAAGCAACGCAAGACAGAAAUGCAUAUAUAUACACAUACAUACAUAUAUAUAUACAUAUUUUAUAUCGUAUACAGUAUAUAUAUAUAUAUAUAUAAAGUGAUGUGUGUAUGUCGAGAAAACCUUAUUUGGCAAGCUUCACUGUUUGAACUCCUACACGACUACUACUGAGCAUGCUCCUUCUCUCAGUAUGACCAUCAGCCCUGGGUUCAAUAGGCUCAACCAAUAAUUCAUGUUUAUUUGAACUUGUUUGAGUGACCAGAUGCGUGGGACCAGCCAGAUAAUAUUAGUUCUGUGGUCAACUACAAGAAGGGACUUUCUUUCUUUUUUUCAGCUCUCUUGCAGCUAAGAUCGCACCCAUCUGGUUCCAAUGGGUGACAUUAAGCAUCACAAGUGAUUUUAAGGGCUGCUUGACCCAGGCCUGAUGAACAGACACUUAAAUAGAGGUGCAGGUCCAAUCUACUUCCUAUGUUUUUUUUUCUGUAUGGACAGCUUCUAACGUGUCUUCUGAAGUGACCACGCCAAAGAACAGAUCUGUGUAUCAAGGCAGCAUAUUUACAUCUUAUCUACACAAAUACACCUGUUCCGUCUCUGGUUUUCAAGAUAAAGAAUGUUAGAUAAGGAUGUCAAACAACUCUUCCAGCGCUGCCCAGGUCAGCUCGGUUUUAUCUCAGCCUGGUUCGACCCAGCUUGAUAGGGUUUGAUCAGAAACGGCGUCAGCUCACACACGGCGCUGUUAAUUCUACUACACCGCCACCACAAAUAAACCCAGCCUGGAUUCUCCCACAACGGGCUGGCGAUGGUUCUUAAAUGCAGACUCAUGCAUAUUAACCCCCUUCAGAAAAAAAGCCAAAUGCUGCUGAACUGAACAUACAGCUCACACACACACACACUCACACACACACCCACACAUACUAGAGCUGGUAUAACAGGGUUAUAAUGUACAAGAUGACUAGUUUUUUAUGUAUAUGUGGUCCUGACUACAUCAGGAAGUAUGAGCUUACUCAGAGUGAAAUGCCCCCUAUCAGCAGGAGAGUAUUAUUACUGGCGACAGCGUAGCGUCUCUGUCUCCUUUGUCCUUCAGAUGUAGCCAUCGUAGAAGAUCGUUAGUCCUCCACACUCAUCUCUUUUUGAGGCUAGAAAAAAAUCUUUUGAAAGAAUUUUGUCUAAAACAGUUGCUGUAUUUAUAAAAAAAAAGGCAUAGAUACAGAACAGGUGGAGGAUUUUGGACUGCUACGAUGGCUACCGUUAUUAGAACCCCCCAUGGAAACUGACCACAACAACACACACGACAACAAUAACCGCAACAAAUCUUGUGUUUUGAAGCGAGGAUGUGGUGACGUAUGGUCAUUACGGCCCACAAAAUCCUCCACCGGGUGGUUGUUACCAUUCAUCGGUUGCUAAGACAGAAACAUGUAAUCUUGGUUUCAAUAUUCAAUGUUCAGAGUAGACUGACUUUGUAGACAGUGGUAUUAGACAAGGCCUCACAUGUACGGCCUUGACAUGUAGUAGCAUAUGCUAAGGCUGCACAGUGCUGACAGGGAAAAAAAAAAUGUUUUUGGCUGAGUUUCCUCUACAGAAGUUGUGGAGGUGGUUAGGUGACUUAGACUUGUUGUUUCUAAAGAUUCGCUCCUGUUUGUAAGUCAGAUUUGAACCCAAGAACUCCGAAAUACCUUGUAAGGCAAAUUGCAGCUUUGAUUUUUUUUUUAUCCUACAUACUGUGCAGCCUUGGCAACACAAACUGGUUAUUAUUCUAUAUUUACAGUGUGGCUUCAAUGCCAUCUCCUUCCGCUUCGUAGAUACUGUAGACCGGAGUCUUUUGCAGGUUCUUUUUAUCAAUAUCCAGUAAAAUACAACUUCAAAAGCAUCACUGUCCUCUGUGUGGUACGCUGGUGUGGGUGUUGGCUCGCAGCCCGAAAUGUGCUCUGAUGAUCUUUGAAUUUUGCAACCCUGUCAGGUCGGAUAUCCAAAUUAGGUUUUCCAUGUCUUUUCUUGGUUUAAUCUGCAAAAUCAGUCAUGGUGUUUAAAUUUUCAGCCUGAGUGAAGCAUCAGUGUCGGUAUCAGCGGAAGAUCUGCUGGAAUAUUAGGUUAUGUUCUUCUGUGCAAGCUGACCAUUUAGAGUGCAUGGUUAACACAUUAUGCAUCAUAGAUAAAUAUAAAACUAUAGUUUUCUAAAUGGUGAGCUGGUGCAUGAGUGAGGGCAGAACCCUCUUCCCUCCAGGAGUUGGCAUGGAUGCUACACCACAGAAAUAAGCUGGUGGGCAUUGUGCAUGUAAUGGCAGGUCAGAAACACACCUACACAGAGUGAUGCACUCCACCUAGCCUUCUGCUGAAAAGCUGGUUAAAGGCCAGCACUGAUUGCUGCAGGCAAUUGGAACCUCGCCUGUGAUUCACACAGCUUGUUGUCUACUGUACCGACACCAUUGUAAAACUCUUUGGAAAGACAUCACUGCACUAGCAGGGCUGGGUUCCUCAGAACUUCCUCAGCUGAGCAAAGAUCAUGUUUAAAGCUUUUCAUUAGUUGGGACCAUCCACUAACAAAACGCUGGUGAAACUAGGGAUGCACUGAUUCAUUGUUCGACCACUGGUAUCGAUACUCGCCUUGUUGACUGCCAUCGCUGUUUUGGCAAAUUGAAUGACAUUCACUGAUGGCAGUGGAAUCAGUUUUGCGCUGGAUAUUUGCGGUCCAACUUGACCAACAGCAGUUAGCAUAUGCUGCUCGUGCAGCCGCAUGGCAAGGGGUUCCAUGUUAACAAAUAAAAGUGAAAGAAAAUGUCUGCAUAUGCGUAUUAUGUAACAUUUCCACUAGAGCCAGCGACAAAGGGCAUCUCAACGCUUUCUACUCAUUUCUUAUGGAGAGCAGAAGCAGUUAAGCAGUGCAUGGUGGAAGUGUCCUGGCGAGUUUGGAGGGGCAUUGCGGAUUUAUGCAGAUUGAAUAAAAGAGGCUAUCAUGUUGUUUCCUGCUUGAAAUGGAGAGUAGGUACCUGGUACCACACAACUAGCAGCCCAUUUGUCUAAUCAGGUGCUUUACCCGAUUGGGUACGUCUCUUACUUUAUUUAAUGGGUACGACCAUCAAGCAGCCAGCUGAGUGGAGCAGUGCAUCCCCUGGUGUCCUCCUUGUCUCAGAGACAUCUCAGCGACAAUACGUAAUUUGUAUUCCGUAUGAAAAACACCAUUGAUAAAAAAAUACCCCAAAUUAUGUUUUUAAUCGCUUUUACAUUUAAUUUAUAUAUUUUUUUUCUUUUAUGUUUUUGGUGGGCUAUGCAAGUACAGAUUGAGUAGGUAAUUGUAUAGCAGCUAAAUGGGCUUUGAACCUGUUAUUUUUCAAAAAAAAAAAUUUUAUAUGAAAGAAAGUCAUAUUGAGGGUUGUUUAAUACAUUUGUAUGAAUUAAUUGUUCAUUGUGCUCAUUCAAAGAUAAUAUAAUGUAAUGAAAUGCUGAAUAACUUUGAAAAAGUUCAGUUAUUUUUUAUAAUGAAGAUUUUUUUGUGUCCCUCGCACAAAGGGGGGGAAUAAAUAGCACCAAAAACAAAAACAUUGGCAUCGGUUAUUGGCCAAUUUGUCAUUUUAAACAUCAGUAUCGGUGCAUCCCUAGUACAACCAACAACAAAACCACCUGUUUCUGGAAAAUGGUAGGAAAGCUCUUAAAUUCUAAAUGUUGCAUCUACUGAAUGGAAAAUGUAAUUUCAACAAUUUUUACACAAAAACUGAUCGUGGCCCUGAGGUGGUUUUGAGGAGCCAGAAGGGCACCCAGAUGCUGUUCAUAGGAUGUUUUUCCUUCUCUGUGGUUGCUCCUUCAUCCAAUAAGAAAGUGGUUUGGGGCUGUCCUCAGGUCAGUAAAGCCAGGAUUGACAAGUGCUUUAGAUUCUUUAGUGGUGAUAAAUUUCAUGCGAUGCCUCAGCGCAUUGUUUCUCCACAUAGUGAGCAUUCUGGUCUUUAAAAUGGAUCAAACUGACAAGAGACUGUCACUGUUAAUUAAUUUGGAAAUGCAGACUAACCCAUUGUCCGCUUAGUGCUUCCUGUUUCUGAUACAAUUGUCCAGUCCUUGCUUUAUUGUCCUACGCCAGCCUUACAAACCACACACCCACCUACCUACUACUGGGGUUUAUACACAUUUACAAUAAUGUAUAAUACUGUUCAACUACUACUACUAGAGACAUUUUCAUUUUCCGUGUUUUGAAAAAGCCUUUGGAAGCUGUUUUUUUUUUUUUCCUUUUGUAACGCUUUAGCUGGCCGCCGUGGCUCGUAUCAAAUUAGAAAGCUGACUCAUUAUCUGCUUACUCUGUUUUUACUGGCGCUUUGCUCUCCUCUCUGUUACAGCAAAGUUAUGGCUUCAAGGUCUCAACAUCCACAACCCAGACACACUGCACAGAUUGGAGGUUUAGUCAUACAGACUGAGCUGCUGUGGAGGCAGAAACAAGCUCAAUUGUCAAGUUAAGCCUUGAAUUGGUGGAGUCAAAGAUUUGAAUCAGAUGGACUUUUCUCAUUCAUUCAUGAUAUUGCAGGGCAGCUAAUAAGCAUACCAGGAUCAAUACAGACAAGAACAGUCGCUUUGAACAUGGGAGGUCAGUAAGGCGAACUGACUAAACUAGGUCCAUUACCAUAUAUGAGAAAUAUGGGAGAGAAAGCUAUUACUGGGCUAUGUCUACUUACAACCCUGAUUCCAAAAAAGUUGGGACACUGUGUAAAGUGUAAAUUAGCUGCAAAAAAAACCAAAAGGUUGUCAGAUUGAAUAUAAUGUCUAAUAUAUGUCACAAAGUAUUAGCAAAUGAUCAAAUUCUGUUUUAGACAAAGCAAACGUUUUCGGGAUUGGGGUAGAAUGACAAAUUCAAAUCAAUUGUCAUUGUCAGAACAUGAAUUUGCAACCAUUUUGAUGAUGAAAUAAGCAUUUCAGACGGGGGGGUAGUUUCUGAUUUCAGCUUCUCAAAUGUGAGACUUUAAUGCAGCUCUUUGUCAUACACAAUAGUAAUCAGGGGGCUUUUAUGCCCUUAUUGUACAACAAUGGUGGGGACAAUAGUUACUAUUGCAUGUGGUAGAAUGCCUUUUAAAUACGACUUAUUGGUUCAAGAUGGUGAUUAAUUAUGCAUUCUAAUUUGGGUUGAUUUCACAUUCUUUAAAAAACAGCCAAAUGCACCAUUUUUUUUAUUAUUGCCUCCAAAAUAUUUUAAAUGCCAAGACAUUUGUGUGUUUGAGUGUUCCUUGUUGUUGUUAUUAUUAUUUUGAUUAGUUCUUUGGUUAAAGAAAUGUCGAAAAAAUAGUGAAAAUGGAAAAACAGUUUCGAGAGCCCACAGAAGCUCCUUCAAACAACUUGUUUUGUUCAACCAAGAGUUCAAAAGAUACUCACUUUAGAUUCAUGCAAAGCACCGAAAACAGCACAUUUUUACAUUUUAGAGGCUGGAACCAGUGAAUACUUUCCUUUUUUUGUUUGGAUAAACAACUGUAAUGAUGAAUUUUCUUUUUUUCAUAUUACAGAAGCAAUUCCUAAACUAAUGGCUGUGUCUUAUCCUAUCUCAGAACUCCUAUCUUCUCUUAAGAAAUCCUAACUAUAACAGUAAAUUUGAUUCUCCAGUCAACCGUCCUGCCAUGCUGUCAUGUCAUACAAGUUUAGUAUGCACAUGAGACUGCCUGUAUCUUUGGUUAGAAUGUACCUGUAGGUUACUCAAGAUGGACAAGCCAUAAUAUCAGCGGUUACCCAAUCGUUCCCAUGAUCCCGCUCUCCUUAAAUGUAAUAGCUUUUCUCCUUGUGGAAAUGUAUAUUUUGCGACUCCUAAGUACAGAUAGCUUGGGUGACCUCUUUGAGGUUGUUACACUGUCCGAAGUGCAUUUGUGAUCUUUACAAGCACUAGCAGAGCCCCAUGUCUUCUUGUAGGCUUCUCCACAGCUGGACAUAGCACACAGUAUCAAGAUAAAUAAAAUAAUAAGAAAGAAAUUCUUAAACUUAUCUUACGGUUUGAGUAGGCUUUCAAUCAUCACAUUUCGGUGUUUUUCCCCAUCUCUAUUAUCAUUGCCAUACAGACCUAACAACAUUGCUGCAAUUUUGGCAGUUAUUUGGAAUUUGGGUCAGUCUAUGCCAUCCUUACUUAAGAUUUAACCGUUACAGAACCGUUCUGGAGAUUUCCCAAGUAGGAGUCCUAAGAUAAGAGGUUUUCUUUCUAAGUGCAGUCAGGAAACAUGUUUCUGUAAUAUUAAAAAAACCUAUAUGUCAUCCUAGAUUGAGCUAAGAUAGGAUUUCAGACUUAGUUUUUUGUAAUGAUGCUCCAAAUGUGUGUUUUCACGUUAAAGAUGCCUGACACGUCCUAAUAGCUUCUCUCCUGUAUUUCACUCUUUGCCUUUUCAGUGGGCUUCAGUCCAACAUCACUUAGCCACAAACAGACUUUGGCUCCACCCACUAAGGUUCAACACAAUGUCUGCCUCCAGAGCAGCUCCGAGAAAUGUCUUUUCUAACUAAAGCUCCAUUCUGCACAAACUGCGCACCUUACUCUGUCUCCGCCAUCCAACAUCUUCCUCACGUUUCCUCCUCCCACCACCAGCAAAGCCCCCUAAAAACACCCCUCCUGUCAUGUCCUCCUCCUGCCCACAACUCCUCCUCUCUUCUCCUCUCCUCUCCUCUCCUCUCCUCUCCUCUCCUCUCCUCUCCUCUCCUCUCCUCUCCUCUCCUCUCCUCUCCUCUCCUCUCCUCUCCUCUCCUGUCCUGUCCUGUCCGGUGAUCAGCCUCUGUGGCCGGCACGUGGCUCUUUUCUAAUCGCUUUUGAGGCAUGGACGAUCAAAAAAAGAAAAAAAUGUAAAAGAAGAAAAAGGGUGUCUGUAGCUUUAAGGACAAAUAAUGACAGGCACGUGUUGUGGAAGUACGUGUGAGGAGAGGAAAACGUUGCACUCUGCUUUGCUCUGGCCUGGAGAAAGAAGGAGAGAGAGAGAGAGAGAGAGCAAGGGAAAGGGAGAGAUGGAUAGACAGAAAGAGAGGAGAGGAGGGAGACAUUUACUGAACCGGAGCCAGAGAAGCAGACAGAGAAAGAGAACAACUUGUUCUUUCCCCUGCGUUCUGUUUGCAGCCUGUCCACACAGUCAAGUUAACAAGCAGCUAAUAUAAACAACACCAGGCCCUUCCCUUCUUCUUGCCCUCCUGCCUCUUCAUCUCUGUCUCUCUCCUUUUCCCUCUGUUCUUUCUCUGUUCUGUCUCUCUCUCUCUACAUACAGCCAGGUCUCCAUUCAAGUAUUUCCUUUACAAACUGUAACAAUUGAAUCAGGAAAGCAGAACGGAAACCGAUGAAAUUUCCCAUUAAAUGCCAUGACCGGACUGGAAAACAAUUCAGUUUUGUAUUCUGAUAUCGACUGUGACUUUCAAUUUCAAUUACCCUCUUAUUUGUGGGUAGUUAAUGCAUUUUGUUAUAAUGUAAUUUUAGCCAACAUCACCCAACAAAGAUAAUACGUUUUACAAAGAUAAGGCUGGUGAUAUUCCUUAAUUUACGGUCAACAAAUCUCAUGUAAAGAACAAAACCAACAAAAGUAGGACCAAGUUUUGUCAAAAUCCUGAAAUACCUUACUCCUCUGUUCCAUAGACCUCCACUCUUGUCCAAAAACUAUUAAAACACAUCAGUGAGACACAACGCUGUCACUAUUUGACGUUCCUUCAUUACCAUGAUCACACAAUGUAGUUUAAAUGCAGAAAAUGACAUUUUCUGCCGCUCAGGGUCUCUCAAUCAAAACAGUUUUAAAGGACUGAGUUAAGUGUUGUCAUGUAGUACCAUGGAAUCAUGGGAGUUGUUAUAUUUACCACCAUUGUCAUCAUUGCAGUAAGCCUCUCCCAGCAAGGGUUCAUUGAUUAGGAGAUUUUUACCGGGAGCCGAAUUAUGUGUAGAGGUCUCCUCUGCCUUAUCUGCAGAGGGGCUGCAAACUGAGCCGCAGCUAACGUUUGCUCAUCUUAAGAUCUAGACAUCCGAUGACUAAAGUCCAUUCGCUGAAAGCAUAUAGUUAAGACAAGCAGGAUCUAAAAGCUGCAUCAUAAAAAUGUUGCUUAAAACUGGCUAUAGAAGCAGUAGUUGGAAACAUUCGGGUUAGUGCAAGUACACAACUCAACAAAAUGUAUGUCUAGUUGUUUUUAGACAUUUUAAUGCAUAAAAGUAACAUAUUCUACCAUUACCUUAAUCCCAGAUAUAGUAUGCUGCUAGUGCACCAAAUGUGUAUUAAUCCACAGCUGAAAAUAGUCCCCUACAAAUGCACUAAUUACUCUUUUUUGAGUAAGGCUUAUUAAAAACUACAGUACCCAGCUGUUUUAGAAAACAAAGUACUAAACUAUAUAUUUGUGAGCUCUUUUUAAAUGUUUCCGUAUUCAGUAGAAACAGACAUGCUUUGGAUAAGUGCUGGGCACUCUAUUGAUGCAAUUCAAAUGUUUGUUUUUUCAGAUGAUUACUGUGAUGUGAAUAGUUACACCUCAUGCACACCUGACACAGUUUACGCGACUGUCGUGACGUGGCUUGCUGGUUCUGACUAACUUGUAGGGUAGUGAUGAGUGUUGUUGGUUUUGGACUUUUCAACUGAAUAUAAUGUGUUGACAAAAAGAUAUAAACCACCAUCUUUAUUCUUUUAAUGUCACUACCAGCCAGGUAAACAUUUUUAAUACUAGCUUUUCUAUGAAUUUCAAUACAACUUAUCUGUCCGUAAUCACCCUUUAUAAUUAUUUAGACAUUUGGCCAACAUUCAUCAACAGUUAAUACCAGUAAUUCAUUCCUUCUUUUUGGCAAUUUAACUUGGAUGAAAACAUGUCUUUUAUGGUUCCUCCCUCACAAUCUCAACAAUUUAUGCAGCCUCCCUUUACAUCUGGUUUUACUGUUGGGCUCCUGGAAGGUUCAUGUUCUGCUCACACAUAUAUCACUGCAGACAAAUUUGGGGUGUUAUUGCAACCAAGACACGCUGAAGAGCCAUUUGGCUAAAGUCUCCUACUGCUAAAUUUAAGUUCAGCUCACCAAAACAUUGGUGGGAAUCUGAUUUAUGGGGACAAGAGUGAUUUUAGCGCAGGCAUGGGAGACACUUGACUUCCAGGUGUAAAUGUAAUCUGGAUAAAUCACAUGUAGACCCAAUCUGGAUUUAAGAUGCUUGAUUUGUUAAGAGGCCCUCUGUACUGUAUUUCUGUCUCUGCUCUUUCUACUGCUCGUAAUUUCACCGCUAUGUCUAUCUCUGCUUUAUUUUUCUUUCUCCUGAUUUCUUUGAUUUUGUUAUCUGACUUUCUUCUCUUUCACACACACAAAUGUUUAUCUUCUUCCUCUGAGGCAAAUAUGUAUUUAUUUGCCUCCGCUGCCUGAUCUUUGAUACAUGCAGGGAAGGAAAAUGUGUUUUGAUUACAUAAAUUAGGGAAAGUGCAGUCCCUCUGUAUGCGUGUUAUUUUGAUAAUGCAGUCUGUGUGCUUGUUUUGUGUGUGUGCAUGGUGAGAAGGAUACCAAAUGGACUUAAAACUGUCCAACAGGUCAGCUGUUCUCCCCAUGAGAACAUCUAGUCUCCCUUUGUUCUCACCUACUUUUCUUCCUCAUCUGGAGAGAACUGAACUGAACUCUCUCCCUAUUAGGCUACAUCCACACUAAACUGGCUAAAUUUUAACCUUUUAGGCUAUAAUUUUCUGCCAAACCUGAACAGGAGGAUAACAACAAAAAAUGUAAGUAAUGUACAAAAAAUGUAACAAAAGUACUUCACAGUCUGGUCACUCUGCUAGUUAAUGUGUCCCUUCCUCUCUGUGACCACCUAUUCUGGGCUUAAUGCAGCUAAAUUCUCAGCUAAAUUGCUCUCAUUUAACACAAACUCAGUUGCAAGUUUCUUAAUAAGCACAAUAGCUGCGACCGUAUACGCGCAUGCAUCCCCGUUUGCAGUGACCCUUAAAAGGAUAAAAACAAAAGGCUUUUUUUUUUUUUUUUUAAACAAAUACUUCAUUAUAAUUAAAACUUGAAACCGUUUUUAUGGAAGAAGGGAAGUAGGGAAUUCCCCCAUUUAUAAAUAAAGUAAAUAAGACAUUACUUUCAUAUAAGCAAACAUACACAGUAUGGUUACCGGUAUAACGCUACAACCCUAAUGACAUCAUUACACUAUGCGAUACGUCCUUGUGUUCAAUAUGAUUCAAUCUGAAGUCUAAAUAAUCCAUAUUAUAGGCAGCUGAAAGUCACAUACAGUCAUACAAAAAGUUAUUAGACCACCCUUGUUUUCUUCAUUGCAUUUGUUCAUUUUAAUGCCUGGUACAACUUGUUUGGACAAAUAUAACAAUAACAACAGAAAUAGCUCAUAAGAGUUUAAUUCAAGAGCUAUUUUUGGUAUCAUUAUAUUUGUCCAAAAAAAUGUACCUUUAGUUGUACCAGGUAUUAAAAUGAACAAGAAAUUGAAGAAAACAAUGGUCUAAUAAUUUUGUUUAAUAAACAAUAAUUGUUUAAUAUUAAUAAUUUUGUCUAAUAAUUCCAUGACUGUACGUUUGCACAUAAAGCUUGAUGACAUCAUGUUUAUUGUGCGGUCACAUGUGUUCACAUCAGAAACAAGUGAUCACAGAGAGGGUUAGAGGCAACAGAAAGUCCUAACUGCCACUCAACCCCUGUCCUCAGUUACGUCAUGGUUUUCUUAAAGUUACAUUUUUAUCAUCUACAGUAUGAAGCCAGGCUGGCAUGCAUCGACUCUGGUGACAGCUGUCAAAAAGCUUCAUUUUUUGAUUUUGAAAAUGCCAGCUUAAUGUGGAUAAAGAGCCAAAACAGACAGAGAUAGUGUGGUUGAACAUUUCUGUCAUUUAUAGUAAGUCUUUAACUGUCCUGCUUGUGUUUGCCUGUUUUUGUCUCACUCUCAGCUCCACUUCAAUUCUUUCUCUACUUUUACUUACUUUCUCCUCCCCUUCUUUUCUAAGCAUCCCAACUCUCUGCAGAGCAGGCAGUUUCUGACUCUCAUUAAUAACAAAAAAAAAAAUCUUGCUCUCCUCUCCUGACCUGUGA